AUGUCUUUAUUUAAAGCCCGUGAUUGGUGGUCUACUGUUCUGGGAGAAAAAGAAGAAUUUGAUCAAGGCUGUUUGUGUUUGGCUGAUGUUGACAACAGUGGAAAUGGACAAGAUAAAAUAAUUGUGGGUAGCUUCAUGGGAUACCUAAGAAUCUUUAACCCUCAUCCUGUAAAAACAGGCGAUGGAGCGCAAGCUGAAGAUUUGCUUCUAGAAGUGCAUUUACAAGAUCCAAUACUUCAAGUAGAAGUAGGAAAAUUUGUUUCAGGUACUGAAAUGCUUCAUUUGGCUGUUUUGCAUUCUAGAAAACUUUGUGUCUACUCUGUCUCAGGAACAUUGGGUAGUGUGGAACAUGGGAACCAAUAUCUGAUCAAGUUGAUAUAUGAACAUAAUCUUCAGAGGACAGCCUGCAAUAUGACUUAUGGAUCAUUUGGUGGUGUAAAAGGUCGAGAUUUAAUCUGUAUUCAGUCCAUGGAUGGGAUGCUUAUGGUGUUUGAGCAGGAAAGCUAUGCUUUUGGGAGAUUUCUCCCUGGGUCCCUCCUGCCUGGCCCGCUCGCUUACAGUUCUCGGACAGAUUCCUUCAUUACGGUCUCAUCCUGCCGACAAGUAGAAAGUUAUAAACCGCAAAUCAGAAACUUCAGUACUUCUACAAGAAAAAGACAAAUAACCCAAUUAAAAAAUGGUUCAGGGAGACGUCUGGUAGUGGAUUGGACUCUAAAUAUUGGAGAGCAAGCCCUUGAUAUAUGUAUUGUCUCUUUUAAUCAGUCAGCAUCUUCUGUUUUUGUUCUUGGUGAGAGAAACUUUUUUUGCCUUAAGGAUAAUGGACAAAUUCGGUUCAUGAAGAAACUUGAUUGCAACCCAAGUUGUUUUCUUCCCUAUUGCUCAGUUUCUGAAGGAACAGUAAAUACUUUGAUUGGAAACCAUAGUAACAUGUUGCGUAUUUAUCAGGAUGUGACACUGAAAUGGGCCACUCAGCUUCCCCACAUUCCUGUAGCAGUAAAAGUGGGCUGUCUGCAUGAGUUAAAGGGUGUGAUAGUCACUCUGAGUGAAGAUGGACACUUGCAAUGUUCAUACCUGGGGACGGACCCUUCUCUGUUCCAAGCUCCAAAAGUUGAAUCUAGAGAAGUAAACUAUGAAGAACUUGAUGUAGAACUGAAGGAACUUCAGAAGAUUAUCAAAGAUGUUAACAAAACACAAGGUGUUUGGCCCAUGACUGAGAGAGAAGAUGACUUGACAGUUUCUGCCAUGGUUUCGCCUAAUUUUGAUUCGGUGUCUCAAGCCGCUGAUGUUGGAGUGGGAACUGACCUUGUUCCUUCAGUCACUGUAAAGGUCACACUGCAGAGUCGGCUGCCACUGCAAAAAGCCAAAUUAUCAGUUUAUGUGCAACCACCGUUAGCACUGACCUGUAGUCAGUUUACCUUUGAAUGUAUGGCACCAGAGAUGACUAGAACAGUAGCCUUUUCUGUUCAUUUGAGAGGAAGUUCUACACCAUCGGAUUUGGAAGGAAAUGCUGUUGUUUCAUAUUCCAGACCUACAGAUCGAAAUCCUGAUGGUAUUCCUCGAAUUGUCCAAUGUAAAUUUAGACUUCCCCUGAAGUUAAUCUGCCUACCAGGUCAACCUUCAAAAGCUGCAAGCCACAAACUAACCAUUGAUACCAACAAAUCUCCAGUCUGCCUUCUCAGCCUCUUCCCAGGUUUUGCAAAUCAGUCAGACGAUGACCAGGUUAAUACAAUGGGUUUUCACUUCUUUGGAGGCACCCGAGUUACUCUUCUGGCUUCCAAAACCUCUCAACGAUACCGCAUUCAGAGUGAACAAUUUGAAGAUCUUUGGCUCAUAACAAAUGAACUCAUUCUCCGCCUUCAAGAAUAUUUUGAAAAACAGGGAAUCAAAGACUUUGCCUGCUCUUUUUCUGGAUCUAUGCCCCUUCAAGAAUAUUUUGAAUUAAUUGAUCAUCAUUUUGAGCUGCGGAUACAUGGUGAAAAAUUAGAAGAACUCUUGUCUGAAAGAGCGGUACAGUUUCGGGCCAUUCAAAGACGUCUUUUAACAAGGUUCAAAGAUAAAACACCGGCCCCACUCCAACACUUGGACACCUUGCUAGAUGGAACUUACAAGCAGGUGAUAGCUCUAGCAGAUGCAGUAGAGGAAAACCAAGACAAUCUGUUCCAGUCAUUCACCAGACUGAAAAGUGCCACCCAGUUGAUAAUUCUGCUGAUCGGCCUGUGGCAGAAGCUUGGUGCUGACCAGAUUGCUGUUCUGGAAGCGGCAUUUCUGCCACUGCAGCAGGACACUCAGGAAUUGGGCUGGGAAGAAACAGUGGAUGCUGCUAUUUCCUACCUAUUGAAGACUUGCCUAUCAAAGAGUUCUAAGGAGCAGGCUUUGAACCUCAGCAGCCAACUGAACAUACCCAAAGACACAAGCCGACUGAAGAAACAUAUCACCUUGCUCUGUGAUAGACUAGCCAAAGGUGGACGCCUAUGCUUAAGUACCGAUGCCGCGGCCCCACACACCAUGGUCAUGCCAGGUGGCUGUACUACGAUCCCAGAAUCAGACCUAGAGGAAAGAUCGGUAGAACAAGACUCCGCAGAACUGUUUCCCAACCACAGGCACCUCCUUGCAGAGUCGCCCAUGCCUGGUAAGUGGGUGGGUGGCUGGCACAAAUGA